CUUCCACAUACAUACAAUCCCGCGCUCCGUCAUUAAGGAUUAGGGUACGGUUUACAGGGCUGACAAGUAACUUGCAGAUGACAGCAACCCGAGGGCCAAGGGGUGUCCGUGGGUCAGGUUGUCUUCGAGGUCCUCACCACGCGCCUGUACCCUUGUACAUACAUCACCCGCUGCUACGUGCUAUUUGGACCCAUUUAACACCCGUCCAACCCGGCCAUUGAUGAUCGUUUCGUCAGAACUAAAUGUGAGGCUUGGUUUUGGCUCAUAUAUCAGAAGUUCGCUCAUCGACCCUACCGUUCAUCAUCGACCGUACUCAUGGUACAUUCUGGCGCAUUUCUUAACAUCAACCAUAUAUCCCCUCAUCGGGCACCAACUAAAAUUCAUUUACCUUACAUUGACAGGUUUAACGGCGAUCUUAACAAAAUUUCACCAAUUUCUAGCUCAAGUAACCCGCCCGACGCUCUCAUGGUCAUGAGUCGGGAUGAGGAGAGGGCCGGUAGCCUCAGUCGGCCAGGGUCCACCGUCUCUUCGCCCGACGGCUCGGAGCCUAAGGCCGCGAAUCGGUCCAAGGCGAACAUACGCGUAUCCCUUGCCUGCGUUCAAUGCCGGAGCAAGCACGUUAAAUGCGACGCCACUUUACCGGCCUGCAACCGCUGCCAACAAGAAGACAAGCCGUGCUUUUAUGCAAAAUCGAGACGCGGCAUCCGCGACCCCAAAAAGAGGAGUCUUAUAUCGGACAAACCUCCAGCAACUUCGGCCGGGGCCUUCUUCUCAACAUCAAAAUUUUCUCCAGGCCUGCCGUCGGUUCGAUCGCCUCGUGACUUACCGAGCGGAUGGUCCGUUAGUUCGGAAUCGCAAACAUCCACCUCGCCUCAAAACGAAAAGGAGUCGUUACUCGACCUAUUCUACAGCCACUUUCACCCAAGUUACCCUUGCCUACCCCCUAAAAGAUUUUUCUUUAAUCAUGUCAAAUCGGACCCAGACGCCUAUCACUUCUUGCUCUUGGUCAUAAAUUUAUGCGGAUCGCUUUACACAAACCAAGUCUCUUCCGACGACCUAUUAGAGGCCGCUUGUUCGGCAGCGUGUGGGUCAUUGCCCUUCACGGUGCAAUCGGUACAGGGGCUACUUAUUCUAAGCAUCGCUUCUUAUGGCAUGAUGAAAUUCGAACACCACGCCGGUUGGGCUAACAGGGCGGUCACAAUAGCCGUCGAUAUUGGUAUGAACCGUAAGACGUUUGCUGACGCAGCGCCGGAUUCGGUUCUCGCGGAAAGCUACCGACGAACAUGGUGGUGCUUAACCUUCCAAGAUUCCGAACGGGCUCUAUGCGAUGUCGGCUCUACGCUUUCCAUUGCAGAUGUGGAGUCCGAUGUGGAUUUGCCUUGUGAAGAAUGGGAGUAUGAAUCAGGGAUCAUACCCCAGCCUAUCUCCCAAUCGCAAUACGAGUCGCGAGUCAGCUUGGGUCAAUCCGACUUUUCUUCAAUGGCUUAUCUCAUUGAUAUCUGUAAGAUUCAGACCGAUUUAGUCCUGCCACAUAACGAAGCGUCGGAAGACAAGAAGCCAGAAAUAUUCCAGCGUGCAGACUCGCGAAUAUGCGAUUGGCUACGGCGCGUCCCAAAGUGGAAAAUGAAUUUGGUCGAUCCAGAUGGUGUAGUCGAUGUAAUACUCUACCACGGCGUUGCCAUGGCACAUGUUAACCGCCUUUGGCUCAGACAAGCCUCACCUAGAACUGGACUCAACAUACGAGAUUAUUUCCCACUGGGUCCCGCUAAGGGACCCGAUCGUAAGGGCCAAAUAGUCAAGGGCUUCGGCUGGAACCCCCACCCAAUUGACAUCCAAGCCGCUAAUCACUAUUGCGACCUAUUUCGGCAUUCUUUCCCUACCAAAUGUUUACGCUCGGUAUUUGCGAUUGGGACACUGAGGGUGGCUUUAGCUUAUCUGGACGCAUGUGUAUUCCUCGGUUUGGACUCGCCUCUUUUUCGGGAGCGAAUCAACAUGCUCGUACAAAUACUUACGGCGCAUGGAGAAAUAUGGCCCCUUUCGAGAAAGAUCGCGGAUGAUGUUAAGACCGUCGCGAAAGAAUACUUAACGCCGAGAGUAAGUCAGAGCUGGCGACCGGGAAUUACGGAAUCCGAAGCAUGGGCAGCAGUUUCGAGCGCGCUCUUAAGCGAGGCACCCUUGGCCGUCAAUUUUGGAUUCGAACCAUAUCACCAGCCUUAUCCGGUCGAGGGUUGGGCUUUGGGUGAAAACUGGCCUAGCCUUACGGACAUAUAUCAAGCCUAAAUGAUAUAACACUUGCCUCUGGUUUAAGGCAUGAUGACGCUACGUGCUUUUUUAUUAUCUUUACUCCCGCCCAUGUAUCUAACUACAUGGUAUGGCACCGGAUCUUGGAAAUUUGGUGACGGAAAAGUUACGGUUCAGGGGUUACGACAGGAAGACAGAGAGAGAAGCUCAGCUCGACCCAAGCGGUCACGUUGGGUUAAGACUUAAACAAGAUACACACACGAAUCCUGCAAGGAUCAGGAAAAAAGUACAGGAUCAGAGAGCGAGACAGAUGCAGGCCUUUUACGACAUUUUUCAUAUCUCGAAAAGUUACGACAAAUUACACAUAAUGAUACACAGGCCGGUGUUGUAGGUGGUUGUGCUGUACUUCCAGCAAGGAGCUUGCCCCUAUUUUAGGACAUAUCAGGCACCUAACCUUAGGUACCUUAGGUGCCUAGGUACCUCCUAACCUAACCUAAUGUAUAGUCUACCUACCUAAAAGUUGUUGACUCGGCUACUUAAUUGUAUAUAGGUAUGACGUAUAAGAAGUCUAAUAAAAAAUGACCAACAUAACUUCUUCUAGUUGUUUGAAGAAAAAAAGGGGUAUCAAGUUCAAUUGCUGAAUGUUCAAUGCUUGUCAAUGCUCGUAAAUGCACGU